UAUUUUGAGGGAGUACAAGAGUGUGUGGGGGGGAGAGGCAGAGAGAGAGAGAAUCCUAAUCCUCCCUCUCAGUGAAGAGCCUGAGGCAAGACUCGAUCUCAGGAACCAUGAGAUCAUGACCUGAGCUGAAAUCAAGAAUUGGUCACUUGGGCACUAGGCGGAGGCCACUGCACAGAUCGGACUUCGCUUGCUUGUGCACCUCCUUUGCAACUAUGACUGACAAACCUGAUUUGGCUGAGAUUGAGAAAUUUGAUAAGUCGAAACUGAAGAAGACAGAAACGCAAGAGAAAAAUCCACUGCCUUCAAAAGAAACGAUUGAACAGGAAAAGCAAGCAGGCAAAUCGUAAUGAGGCACGCGCCACCAGUAUGCACUGCACAUUCCACAAGCAUUGCCUUCUUAUUUUACUUCUUUUAGCUGUUUAACUCUGUAAGAUGCAGGGAGGUUGGAUCAAGUUUAAAUGACUGUGCUGCCCCUUGCCACAUUGAGAACUACUGACAAACAAAGGCGCCUACCUCUCCCAUCUGCUUGUCUGACUGGCAGCAAAGGAAAAGAACUUGCAUGUUGGUGAAGGAAGAAGCUGGGUG